AUGAAGUGCUUCGAGAGAGUAGUGCUGCUGACUCAAAUUCAGAGCUGCCUAGCAGACGCGCCAGACCCCAUGCAGUAUGCCCACCGGUCCAACAAGUCCACCUCAGACACUAUUGCUGCAGCCCUGCACAUCUCCCUCUCAUACCUGGAGAAUAAAGACUCCUACAUCAAGAUGCUCCUUAUUGCCUACAGGUCGGCAUUCAAUACAGUCAUCCCCCACAAGGUCACCCACAAACUCUUUUCCCUGGAACUACACCCAAUCCUCUGUGACUGGCUCCAGGACUUCCUGACAGGCAGGCCUCAGUCUGUCAGGAUCAGCAUUAGGACUUCAGCCAGCAUCAUCAUUAACACUGGGACAUCACAGGGGUGUGUCCUUAGUCCCAUCCUCUACGCCUUGUUCACCCAUGACUGUGUGGCCUCCCACAAGGACAACACCAUCCUGAAGUUUGCGGAAGACACAGCUGUGAUAGGACGCAACACUGGCAGGGACGAAGCAGCCUACUGCAGGGAGGUGGCCUCUCUGGUGACAUGGUGUGAGGACAAACCUCACCCUCAAUACGGACAAGACCAAGGAGAUGAUAGCGGACAUGAUGAAGAAGAGGAACCCUUGUCAGCCACUGCUUAUCCGCGAGCUGGAAGUGGAGAGGAUGAAAGAGUAGACUUCCUUCGGGAACAGGCUUUCUGUGUGCUGCGAGUGAAGACAGAUAAGUGGAAUCGCUUUAUUGGUGCAGAAGAGAAUCAGAAGAUUAUACUGGAUUUUCUGGACCACAUCUGGACCAACAGGCUGUUGCUCUUUACGGGACCAGGAGGGACAUUGCAUGCAGGGGAUGCUCAACAAUCCCCACCAUGGAAGACCAAACUACUGUGCGUGCUAAAGAAGGACAAAAAGAGAAUCGACCGCCAAAAUUUCAGACAUCAGUUCAGACUGGGAGAAGUGCCGGGAUAUCCAAUGGAGCAUCUGCCUAUCAUCAUCUCUGAGGUGCUGGUUUGUGUGUUAUCCAAUGGGCUGAUUUAUGAGGAAUGGCCACGGGUGGUCUCUGAUGACAUCCAUCGGCACUUGGAGAGAUUGAGGAGCAAGGUGGUGACUCUGAGAGGCUGUGCUGAGGGACGAACAUUGCUGCCCCUACCGCUGUGUGUGGAGAGGGCAUGUCCUCAAGAUAUCAUACUCAGCCCCACUGGAUGGCCACUGGACCGUGGCUUGUUAUACUCUAUAGAAACUCUGAUAGUUCAGUGGUCUGGACAGAUCUGGAAUGUGCUGAAGAAAGACUCUGGUAUAUUACUGCUUCAGGGAGACCACCCAGGCCCCAGUGUGGAGCUCCAGUUUUGGGCCAGUCAAAAGGAAAACCUGCUGGGCAUCCAGUCACAAAUCCAGAGUUCCAAAGUGGAGCAGAUCAUGGAGAUCCUGAGAAAAGUGAAGAGCAGUUACUACUCUGCUUUUAAGGAUGUCUGUGUCAAAGUCAAUGAUGCUGUGCUGGAGGCAGAGGACAUAGAUCUGUAUCUACGCCCCCUAAGGAGACAGAUCAGUAGCUUAGAGGAGAGAGGUUUUCCACAAGUGGAUGUUCUCCUGCCUCCACUUUUUCACACACUUUGCCUCAUAUGGAGUCAUUCCCAGUACUACUGCACUCCACAGCGCAUGGUGACCCUCCUGCAGGAGUUCUGCAACCUGAUCAUUGAAAAGGCCUUUGCAUAUCUUAUCCCUGAAGAACUGUUUAAGAUGGAGCUUGAGGAGGGGAUGGAGAGAGUACAGAUAAGCAUCUCUGUUCUGCGCACCUUCAAGGAGCUGUUUCACACUUACCGUUGGCAAAUACCUAAUUACUACAGAAAUGGCCAGAAUAUCAAGUUAUGGGACUUUCCAGCAAGACUUGUCUUUAAACGAUCAGAUUGCAUUAUGGAAAGGCUUCUAAUGAUCGAGGAACUGUUUGCAACAGCACUGGAUUUUCUAAAGCUGGAAAAGGUUGAACUGGGCGGAUCUAGAGGGAAAAUCCUUAGUGAGAUGGUCUUCAGCAUGAGCGAGGAGUUUCAUGAUCGUUGGCGGACCCUGAGAGAAAGCAAAUAUGACCCCCUGGACUAUACUAAUGACGAAUUUGUGCGUCACUACAGGUGUUUUGUGGAGAAGAACAAAGAUUUUGAUCAGAGGCUGGGCACUGUCCUCAAUUUGGCCUUUCACCACUCCAAAAACCUGAAUUCAGCCUUUAAGUUGUUGAAGAUUUUUGGCACCCUUCUUGAGAGACCCAGAAUCCAUCAGCUGUUUUCUCCUAAUUACAAUGUGUUCCUGGCCAUGUUCAACCAGGAAAUAGACAACUGUCAGCUUAUACUAGAUCAACACAGAGAAGGGCUGCAGACAGACUGUGCAGUCCUGGGAAAAAAUAUGCCUUCGGUGGCUGGUAACCUGAAAUGGUCGCAGGAACUUCGGAAUCGCAUUCUUACCAACAGGAGCAACCUCUGCCAGCUGGCCCAUGCACCUCUGGGGUGUGCUGAGGCAGAUGAUGUGCUUCAAAAGUGUGAACGUAUUCUUGAGAUUUUGGACAAGCAUGACGAAGAGCUGUUCACAGAGUGGACAGAGGGGCUGGAGGAAAUCUGCCACACUCACCUCGCAGAGCCAUUGUUAACACUGAAUGGUGACAUGGGCCUCUUCCAGGUCAACUUCAGUCCCGCUCUGACAUCCAUACUAAGGGAGGUGAAAUAUAUGAGCAUGCUGAAGACCCAAAAUAUUCCUAAAGCAGCUCUCCAUCUCUAUACUAACCGGGAGAGAUUAUACAUUUACACACAGACGCUGACCUUGGUGACCCAAUGGUACAACAAGCUUCUCAGUACUAUCCUGGCAGUAGAGCAGGGACUGGUGAAAAAUGAGAUGGCUGGGAUGAGGCGACAGCUCGAGCCAGCCCUUCGAGAGAUGACUUGGGCUCAGGAUGACCUUUGGGAUUACAUCAAGAAUACACGAGAAUUGGUCAAGGAUAUUUCAACUCGUGUCCAGAAGAGUAAAGCUAAUGUGGAAGCCAUUCAAGCCCUCAUGGGAAAAUUCAGCAAUAAAGCUCUCAUCACCAGAAAGAGUCGUGAUUCUACUCUCCUUGUCUUCUCUGACAUUGAGGAGAGUGUUUCCAAACAGCAUGCUCUCAUCAGCACCACAGGGAAGCAGAUACACAAACUACUGCAGGAGAAUCAGUCCUUGCUUGGUGUGAUAGAUCUAGACAGCAGUGUAUGGCAGGCCUACACAGAAUAUGUUGACCAGAUGAUCCUGGCUGGCUUCUCCAGCGCAGUACACUGCUCCCUGCAGUACCUCAUGGACAACACCGAUGUAGCUCAGUGCAUAACACCACUAUUUGAGGUCCAGCUGAUCCUCAAUGGCAAUGAGAUGGCCUUUGACCCCUCACUGGACUUAAACCACAGCAGUAACUUUAAUGAAAUUGUGGAUAAAAUGGUGGCCAACAUCACCAGCGUGGCAUCCUUCAUUCCCAGAGUGGCAACCCACAAACAGCUGAAUAACUAUCAGUGUGACAUAAAUGAAAUGAAGGAUUUGUCAGAGAUGUGCCACAUCAUCCGCUUACGAACACGUACAGCAGUGAGUAAGGUCAGGGAGUACCAGGCCUCAUUUUCUAGCUACCGCUACCUUUGGACUGAUGACAGAUCUGAAUUUAUGAGGCAGUUCCUGCUUUACGGUCACGUCCUUAGUACAGAGGAAGCUGAGCUGUAUGCCGACUAUGAACUGAAAAAGAACCCCCCCACCCUCGACAACUUUAAAGAUCAAAUCAAUCUUUUCGAGUCUCUGUAUGCACGUGUGAGCAAGAUGGAGGACAAGAGGGUGUUUUGUGGCUGGUUGCAGUUAGACAUCAGACCCUUUAAGCACACACUAAUGAAUGUCAUCAAGAAGUGGAGCUGGAUGUUCAAAGAGCACCUUCUCAACCAUGUAAAUGAGAGCGUGAAGGAGCUGUCCCACUUUAUCCAGGACACAGCUAGCGGUCUUUCUACCAAGGUUUUAGAUGGGGAUUAUGCAGGCCUUGUGAACAUAAUGGGACACCUCAUGGCCAUACGGGACAGACAGAUCAGCAAUGAACAGCACUUCAAACCUCUCCAGUCAACUGCUGAACUCCUCAAGACCUAUGGACAGCAACUUCCAGAAAGUGUCUACAUACAGCUAGAGGAGCUGCCUGAAAAGUGGAAAAGUCUUAGAAAAAUUGCCUUCACAGUCAAACAUGAAGUGGCACCACUGCAGUCCAAUGAAGUUUCAGUGAUACGAAGGAAAUGUGUCCGCUUUGAGGUCAAGCAACAUGAGUUUAGAGAAAGAUUUCGUACUGAAUCAAUCUUUAAGAUCAAUGUGGAGGAGCCAUAUAAACUAAUUGAUAAGUCUAAUCGAUCCGUGGCAGUGAUGGAGAUGGAAAUGAAAAAGUUGCAGGACACAGCUGAUCUGUUUGAAGUCAGCUUCCCUGAGUACAAGCAACUACGCCAGUGUCGCUCUGACAUCAGACUCGUGAAAGCAGUCUGGGACAUGAUCAUCUUUGUGAAGACCAGUAUAGAGGAUUGGACCAAGACUCCAUGGAAAGAGAUCAAUGUUGAGCAGAUGGACAUGGAGCUCCGGCGGUUUGCUAAAGAGAUGAAGAUGCUAGACAAGGAAGUGCGGGCAUGGGAUGUAUAUUUGGGGUUGGAGUCUACUGUGAAAAACCUGUUGACCUCUCUGAGAGCUGUCAACGAGCUGCAAAACUCUGCAAUCAGGGAAAGACAUUGGCAACAACUUAUGAACACCACAGGAGUCAGGUUUGUGAUGGGGCAGAGCACCACCUUGGGGGACCUGUUGGAAUUACAGCUUCAUCGUGUGGAGGAUGAGGUUAAAAAUAUAGUGGACAAAGCUGUGAAAGAAAUGGCCAUUGAGAAGGUUUUGGCAGAGAUAACCCAGACCUGGAGUGUUAUGUCUCUGUCAUAUGAGACUCACACCAGUACAGGAACCCCUUUGCUCAAAGCAGAUGAGAAUUUAAUUGAAACACUAGAGGACAACCAGGUCCAGCUGCAGAACAUCCUGAUGAGUAAGUACGUGGAGUAUUUCCAGGCAGAAGUCAGCGGCUGGCAGAGGAAGCUGAUGGUGGCUGACCUGGUCAUCUCCACCUGGAUGUCUGUCCAGAGGACCUGGGCCCACCUUAACAGCAUCUUCACAAACAGCCAUGAUAUCCGCUGCCAGCUGGCCCAUGAUGCCGAACGCUUUCAGGGAAUACACGCAGACUUUCAGAGCUUGAUGACUGAGGCAGUACAGAACAGUAAUGUGGUAGAAGCAACCAACCAGCCUGGCUUCCUGGAGAGCCUGGAAACAUUACAGCAGAGGCUGUCUGUGUGUGAGAAGGCCUUAGCUGAGUAUCUGGAAACCAAGAGACUAACAUUCCCCAGGUUUUAUUUUGUGUCUGCCUCAGAUCUGCUGGAGAUUGUCUCCAAGGGAACACAGCCCAAACAGGUGACCAGGCACUUGCUAAAGCUGUUUGACAACAUAGCAGAUCUUCGCUUCGAGGACUUAGAGGGGGGCGGAGAAACGGAGGAAGAUAGAGGGGCAGUUGCCAUAGGGAUGUACAGUCGAGAGGGCGAAUAUGUUUCUUUCUCAGAGCCAUGCGCCUGUGAAGGACAGGCUGAGUGUUGGUUAAGUUCCUUAGAAAGCACGAUGCGCUGCACAGUCCAAAAAGAGAUACAAGAAGCUGUAGCUGCAUAUGAGGACAAACCACGAGACCAGUGGCUCUUUGACUACCCUGCACAGGUGGGAUUAACUGGUAGUCAGGUUUGGUGGGCCACAGAUGUGGGCAUUGCCUUUGACAGGGUGGAAGAAGGAUUUGAGACGGCGCUUAAAGACUACAACAGAAAGCAGAUCACUCAGCUUAACUCGUUGAUCCACAUGUUGCUCGGAGACUUAACUCCUGGAGACAGACAGAAAAUUAUGACUAUCUGCACAAUUGAUGUCCAUGCUCGAGAUGUGGUUGCCAAUCUUAUCACUCAAAAGGUGAUAACUGGGCAAGCAUUUGCAUGGCUGUCCCAGUUACGCCAUCGCUGGGAUGAAGAAACAAGACACUGUUAUGUUAACAUCUGUGACGCCCAGUUCCAGUUCAGCUAUGAAUACCUCGGGAACACUAACAGGCUGGUCAUCACCCCACUCACUGACAGAUGUUACAUUACCUUGACCCAGUCUCUACAUUUGACGAUGAGUGGUGCCCCAUCAGGCCCUGCUGGCACGGGUAAAACAGAAACUACUAAAGAUCUAGGACGCUCGCUCGGCAUCAUGGUAUAUGUGUUCAACUGUUCAGAACAAAUGGACUACAAGUCUAUAGGUAACAUCUAUAAGGGUCUGGCUCAGACAGGAGUGUGGGGCUGCUUUGAUGAGUUCAACAGGAUCUCUGUGGAUGUUUUGUCUGUGGUUGCUGUACAGGUCAAGACUAUACAAGACGCUGUACGCAACAAAAAACAGAGGUUUCAUUUUCUGGGAGAAGAAAUUGACCUGAAGCCAACAGUGGGGAUCUUCAUCACUCUGAACCCAGGUUAUGCUGGCAGGGCUGAGCUUCCAGAGAACCUCAAGGCUCUAUUCAGGCCCUGUGCAAUGGUGAUCCCAGACUUUGAGCUGAUCUGCGAGAUCAUGUUGGUGGCUGAAGGGUUCAUAGAUGCACGUCUGCUGGCACGCAAGUUCAUCAGCCUCUACACUCUGUGUAAAGAGCUGCUGUCUAAACAGGAUCAUUAUGAUUGGGGUUUACGGGCCAUCAAAUCAGUUCUGGUUGUAGCUGGAUCUCUGAAAAGAGAGGAACGGAGCAGACCUGAGGAACAGGUGCUGAUGAGAGCACUGAGGGACUUCAACCUGCCAAAGAUAGUGACAAGUGAUGUGCCGAUAUUCCUUGGGCUCAUCAGUGACUUGUUUCCUCAACUAGAUGUACCCAGGAAGAGAGACCCUGCACUAGAAAACGCUGUCCGCCAGUCUGUCAGUGAGCUGUGCCUGCAGCCGGAGGAAAACUUUAUACUGAAGGUGACCCAGUUGGAGGAGUUGCUGGCUGUCAGACACUCUGUGUUUGUAGUAGGUGGACCAGGCACUGGAAAGAGUCAGAUAUUGAAGACCCUCCACAGGACCUAUGCAAACAUGAAAAUGAAGCCAGUAUGGAAUGAUAUUAACCCCAAAGCUGUUACCACAGAUGAGCUAUUUGGAUACUUGCACCCUGCUACUAGAGAGUGGAAAGAUGGUCUGUUCUCCUCCACCAUGAGAGAGUUGACAUCAGUGACCCAUGAUGGACCCAAAUGGAUUGUUCUGGAUGGUGAUAUUGACCCCAUGUGGAUUGAGUCUCUCAACACAGUUAUGGAUGACAAUAAAGUUCUGACUCUUGCCAGCAAUGAAAGGAUCAGUUUGUCGUCCUCCAUGCGUUUGCUCUUUGAGAUCUCUCAUCUGAGGGCUGCUACUCCAGCUACAGUGUCCAGGGCAGGAAUACUCUUCGUCAACCCACAGGACCUUGGCUGGAGCUCUUAUGUGACGAGUUGGAUAGACACCCGACAGGCCCAAUCAGAGCGAGCAAACCUCACCAUUUUGUUUGAUAAGUAUGUGCCGUACUGUUUGGAGCAAGUUCGCUGCAACCUGAAAACCAUCACUCCCAUUCCUGAAAACAGCAUGGUGCAGACACUGUGCUGCUUGCUGGAUUGCCUCCUGACAGAGGCAAACACCCCAGCCGACUCUCCUCGAGAACUUUACGAGAUCUACUUUGUCUUCGCCUGCGUCUGGGCUUUUGGAGGUGCUCUCUUUCAGGAUCAUCUGUAUGACCACCGUGCCGAAUUCAGCCGCUGGUGGUCCAAAGAGAUGAGAGCAGUGAAGUUUCCCUCUCAGGGCACUGUCUUCGACUAUUUCAUUGACUCUGAGACAAAAAAAUUUACUCCCUGGAGUGAGAAGAUGGAGCCAUUUGAGCUGGAACCGGAUGUCCCAUUGCAGACAGUUUUGGUCCACACCCCAGAAACCAUCUGUCUAACAUAUUUCAUGGACCUGCUGCUCCAGAGAGGCAAACCUAUCAUGUUAGUGGGUAACGCAGGAGUGGGGAAGACCAUCCUGGUGUCUGAUAAAGUCGUCAAGCUGAAGGAAGACUACAUGGUGGCAAAAGUACCUUUCAACUAUUACACCACAUCAGCCAUGUUGCAGCGUGUCCUGGAGAAACCUUUAGAGAAGAAAGCUGGUCGUAAAUUUGCUCCUCCUACUGCCAAGAGGCUCAUCUACUUCAUAGAUGACCUCAACAUGCCUGAGGUGGAUGUUUAUGGGACCGUCCAGCCGCACACACUCAUACGACAGCACCUCGACUACAGCCACUGGUACGACAGACAAAGGCUGGUAUUGAAGGAAAUACAUAACUGCCAGUAUAUCACCUGUAUGAACCCAACAGCUGGAAGCUUCUCUAUCAACCCCAGACUGCAGAGGCAUUUCUCAGUGUUUGCAGUACAUUUCCCAAGUGCUGAUGCAUUAGCCACUAUCUUCUCCAGCAUCCUGUCAGCUCACUUCCUUCAGGGGGGAUUCAGUUACGGGGUGUCUCGCUCAGUUGGAACUCUCAUGCAGGCAGCUAUCUGUCUGCACCAAAAGAUCAGCCAGAACUUCCUCCCAACAGCCAUACGCUUCCACUAUAUCUUCAACCUACGAGACCUCUCCAACAUAUUCCAGGGUAUCCUGUUUGCCCUGCCAGAGAGUAUCCGAUACCCCAUGGACUUGGUCCACCUGUGGCUCCAUGAGAGCUCCAGGGUCUACUCUGACAAACUGAUGGAGGAGAAGGAUGUGGAACUCUUUAACAAAAUCUUGUUGGAUACUGGCAAAAGAUAUUUUGAGGGAAUAGAUGACUCCAUCUUUAUCCACCAGCCUUUGGUGUACUGUCACUUUGCUCAGGGUGUUGGAGAGCCACGCUAUCAUCAGGCUUCAGAUUGGGAGAAGCUCCAGAAGACGCUGGCUGAUGCUCUGGAGCAUUAUAACGAGCUCCAUGCCGUCAUGGAUCUGGUACUGUUUGAAGAAGCGAUCCAGCAUAUAUGUCGGAUUAGUCGCAUCCUGGAGGCCCCUUAUGGUAACGCCCUGCUUGUUGGGGUCGGGGGAAGUGGGAAGCAGAGUUUGUGCCGACUGGCUGCCUUCCUCAGCUCGCUGGAAGUUUUCCAGAUCACACUACGAAAAGGAUAUGGCAUCAAUGACCUCAAGAGUGAUAUAGCUGCAUUGUAUAUCAAGGUGGGAGUAAAGAACAUUGGGACAGUAUUCCUUCAUACAGACGCCCAGAUUCCAGAUGAACGCUUCCUGGUGCUCAUUAAUGACAUGCUGGCCUCAGGGGAUAUACCUGACUUGUUUGGUGAUGAAGAAGUGGAUAUGAUUGUAACAUCCAUCCGAAUGGAGCUGAGGGGACUAGGCCUCAUAGAUAGCAGGGACAACUGCUGGAGCUUCUUCAUUGAGAGAAUACGAAGACAGCUCAAGGUUGUCUUAUGUUUCUCACCAGUUGGAUUCACAUUGCGCACACGUGCACGCAAAUUUCCAGCUCUAGUUAACUGCACGGCCAUUGACUGGUUUCACCCCUGGCCUCAGCUUGCUCUGCAGUCCGUCAGCUCUACAUUUAUAGAAAAGAUAGCCGGACUGGAGCCCACAGUGAGGGCAUCUAUCAGCGAAUUCAUCUCCUACGCCCACACAAGCGUUAAUGAGGUGAGUGUCAAGUACCAGCAGAAUGAGAAGCACUUUAACUACACCACUCCAAAGAGUUUCCUUGAGUUCAUGAAGCUGUACGACAACCUGCUGGGGAAAAAGCGCACAGAGCUGACCCAGAAGAUGGACAGAUUAGAGAAUGGGCUACAGAAACUGCUGAAUACUGCAUCACAGGUGGAGGAUCUCAAAGCCAAGUUAGCAGUGCAGGAGGUGGAGCUGUGGCAGAGGAACACAGAUAUUGAGGCUCUCAUUGCUAAAAUAGGACAACAGACAGACAAGCUCAAUCAAGAGAGAGCUGUAGCUGAUGGAGAGGAGCAAAGGGUGGCAGCUAUUCAAGCUACAGUGACUAAACAGCAGCAAGAGACUGAGGAGGAUUUGGCCAAGGCUGAACCUGCCCUACAAGCAGCCAAUACAGCCCUCAACACACUAAACAGGUUGAACCUGACAGAGCUGAGGACAUUUCCCAACCCUCCAGCCAUUGUCACCAACGUUUCAGCAGCUGUUCUGGUGCUGCUGUCUCCCCAAGGCCGAAUCCCUAAAGAUCGCAGCUGGAAGGCCUCCAAGAUGGUUAUGAGCAAGGUAGAUGACUUCCUGCAGGCUCUGGUGAAUUUUGACAAAGAGCACAUCUCUGAGGCCACAGUGAGGUGUGUGAGAGAUGAGUACCUCAGUGACCCAGAGUUCAACCCUGACUUUGUGCGACAGAAAUCCUCAGCUGCUGCAGGCCUCUGUGCCUGGGUCAUCAACAUCAUACGCUUCCACGAGAUUUUCGUAAUGUGUGAAGUGGAGAUGAAGAGGAUGUGCUUGUCUCAAGCCAACGCAGAUUUGGCUGAGGCUGCUGAGAAAUUAGAGGCCAUAAGGAAAAAACUUGCAGAGCUGGAUAGCAGUUUGGAAACGCUGACCACGGCAUUUGAAAAAGCCACAGCAGAGAAGCUUCGUUUUCAGGAAGAAGUCAACUGCACUAACAAAACAAUAGAGUUAGCCAACCGGCUGGUCAAGGGAUUGGAGAGUGAGAAUGUGCGCUGGGCCCAUUCAGUGGCUCAGUACCACGAACAGGAGGAAACUCUCUGUGGUGACCUCCUCCUUACUGCAGCUUUCAUCUCUUAUGCCGGCUCCUUCUCCAAGAAGUACAGGAAGGAGCUGCUGGACAACCUCUGGAUGCCGUUCCUGCACAGCCAGAAGGUGCUGAUUCCCAUGACAGGAGACUUGGACCCAGUGUCAAUGUUAACUGAUGACGCCACAGUAGCCCAGUGGAACAAUGAAGGCUUACCAGGAGAUAAAAUGUCCACUCAGAACGCUACCAUUCUCAUUAACUGUGAGCGUUGGCCUCUCCUCAUUGACCCUCAGUUACAGGGUAUCAAGUGGAUCAAGAGUCGCUAUGGUAACAGCCUGAAGGUUGUCAGUCUUGAGCAGAAAGGAUAUGUAGACGUUAUUGAACAGGCUGUGGUGGCAGGCGACACUGUGCUCAUCGAGAACCUUGAGGAGACUAUUGACCCUGUUAUUGACCCUCUGCUGGGGCGACACACAAUCAAGAAGGGCAGCUGUAUAAAGGUUGGGGACAAAGAGUGUUUCUUCCACCCAGGCUUCAGACUGAUUCUCCACACUAAGUUAGCCAAUCCUCACUACAAGCCAGAGAUUCAAGCCCAGACCACCCUCAUUAAUUUUACAGUGACCAGAGACGGGCUGGAGGACCAGCUCCUGGCACAAGUGGUGAAUCAGGAAAGACCAGACCUUGAGCAUCUAAAGAGUGACCUGACAAAACAGCAGAACAUGUUUAAGAUUGAGUUGAAGCUUCUUGAAGACGAGCUGCUAACCAGGCUGUCCGCUGCAGAGAGUAACUUCCUCGGUGACAAUGUACUGGUAGAGAAACUUGAGACCACGAAGCACACUGCUGCCGAGAUUGAGAUGAAGGUUCUGGAGGCUAAAGUUAAUGAAGUCAAGAUUAACGAAGCUAGAGAACACUAUCGUCCCGUCGCCAUCAGAGCUUCUCUCCUCUAUUUCAUCAUGAAUGAUCUCAACAAGAUCAACCCCAUGUACCAGUUCAGCCUCAAGGCCUUUAAUGUUGUUUUCCACAAGGCUGUGGCGAUGGCAGAGCCCUGUGAGGAUGUAAAAAGCAGAGUGAACACCCUGAUAGACUGCGUUACAUACUCCACCUUCAACUACAUCAGCAGGGGACUGUUUGAGAGGGACAAGCUUACCUUUACUGCACAACUAGCCUUCCAGCUUCUCCUGAUGAGCAAAGAGAUAGAUGUGCGAGAGCUAGACUUCCUUCUACGUUUCAUCAUUGACCACAACUAUGUCAGCCCCCUUGACUUUCUGUCAAACUCAGCAUGGAGCGCCAUCAAGGUGAUGAGUUUUACCGAUGAGUUCCGUGGUCUGGACCGAGACAUCGAAGGCUCACCAAAGCGCUGGAAGAAACUGGUGGAGUCAGAGUGUCCAGAGAAGGAGAAGUUUCCUCAGGAAUGGAAGGGAAAAAGUGCCUUGCAGAAACUGAUCAUGAUGAGAGCCCUGAGACCAGACCGCAUGACCUAUGCACUUAGGAACUUUGUGGAGGAGAAGCUGGGGGUGAAGUAUACAGAGGGGCGAAAGACUGAAUUUGCUAAAUCUUUUAGAGAGAGUGGCCCUGCUUCUCCUGUGUUUUUCAUUCUCUCACCUGGAGUGGAUCCACUAAAAGAUGUGGAAUCACUGGGGAGGAAGUUGGGUUUCACCAUAGACCUUGGAAAGCUUCACAAUGUCUCCUUGGGUCAGGGACAAGAAAGUGUGGCUGAGAUUGCCAUGAGAAAGGCUGCCAAAGAGGGUCACUGGGUUAUAUUGCAGAACAUCCACCUGGUUGCUCGCUGGCUUGGUCCACUUGAGAAGCUCCUGGAGCACUGCUGUGAGGACAGUCAUCCAGACUAUAGAGUGUUUAUGAGCGCUGAACCGGCAUCUAUGUCCCAGGAGCACAUUAUACCACAGGGCAUUCUGGAAAAUGCUAUUAAGAUAACCAAUGAACCUCCUACAGGCAUGCAUGCCAAUUUGCACGCUGCUCUGGAUAACUUUGACCAGGAUAUUUUGGACCAGUGCAGCCGUGAGCAGGAGUUCAAGACCAUCCUCUUCUCUCUAUGUUACUUUCAUGCCUGUGUGGCUGAGAGGAGGAAGUUUGGACCCCAGGGUUGGAACAGGAAGUAUCCCUUCAACACUGGGGAUCUUACCAUAUCAGUUAAUGUUCUCUACAACUACCUGGAAGCUAAUGCACAGGUGCCAUGGGAGGAUCUGAGGUAUCUGUUUGGGGAAAUCAUGUAUGGGGGACAUAUCACUGAUGACUGGGACAGACGGCUCUGCAGAACAUACCUGGAAGAAUACAUGCAGCCCAACCAGUUUGACCGAAAGCUGGCAUUGGCACCUGGGUUUGUUGUGCCCUCCAAUCUGGACUACCAAGGUUACCAUGACUUCAUAGAUGAGAUGCUGCCACAUGAAAGUCCAGCGCAUUAUGGCUUGCACCCCAAUGCAGAAAUUGAGUUCCUGACUGUGACAUCAGAUAACCUUUUUCACACUCUGCUGGAGCUGCAGUCUCCUGAUGCUGUCAUGGGGGAGGGUGCUUCGCAGACACUGGAGGAGAAGGUGAAAUCUAUUUUAGAUGAAGUUCUGGAAAAGCUGCCAGAGGAAUACAAUAUGUCCGACAUCACCUCGAAAACAGCCGAACGGUCGCCAUACAUCCUAGUCUGCUUCCAGGAAUGUGAGCGCAUGAACACACUCAUUUGUGAGAUACGUCGUUCACUGAAGGAGCUUGACCUGGGACUCAAGGGUGAACUGGCCAUGUCCUCUGAGAUGGAGAAGCUCCAGACAGCUUUGUUCUUUGACAAUGUCCCUGACACCUGGACCAAACUGGCCUAUCCCUCAAUCUACAGUCUGUCUAUAUGGUUUAAUGAUGUGAUGCAGCGUUGUAAAGAGCUGGACAGUUGGACUCAGGAUCUGUCUCUGCCCAGCGUUGUCUGGCUUUCUGGCCUGUUCAACCCACAGUCCUUCCUCACUGCUGUGAUGCAGUCUCUGGCUCGUAAAAACGAGUGGCCUCUGGAUAAAGUGAAUCUUACAGUGGAUGUGACCAAGAAGUUUAAGGAAGAGUUCAACCAACCUGCCAGGGAGGGUGCAUAUGUGUAUGGACUUUACAUGGAAGGUGCAAGAUGGGACAUUCAGACUGGGGUGAUCACUGAGGCACGUCUAAAAGAGCUGACCCCAGCCAUGCCUGUCAUCUCAGUCCGAGCUGUACCCAAUGACCGUCAGGAGACUAGGAAUAUCUAUGAAUGUCCACUUUACAAGACCAAGAUCAGAGGGCCCACGUAUGUAUGGACUUUCAGUCUAAAAACCAGGGAACGGCCAGCCAAGUGGGUGCUGGCUGGAGUGGCCCUGCUGCUCAGUGUGUGA